AUGGCUUUGGGAAAUAUUCGCAUAAUAAUGACCAGCGCAUUUACAAAAAUGUUUGAUUCUGAAGGAGUAGUACCGAAUGAUGUUCGACCAUUACGUCAAACGACUCAUGGAAGUAUUCAAGGCUAUUUCAUGGAAUCAGAUGGUACACUUGCAGAAGUUUAUGAAGCUGUACCCUAUGCUGAGCCACCAACCGGGCUAUUACGUUUUGAAAAAACGAAAGAGUUGAAAAGUUGGAAUGGUACUCGAGAUUGUGGUAGAAACCAUAUGAUUCAAUGUGUACAGUUUGGUGACGAUUUUAGUGGUACUGAAGACUGCUUAUAUGCCACUAUUGUAUUACCUCACAAUGAUAUGAAAACUGGCAGGCGGUAUCCAAUCCUAAUAUGGUUGCAUGGUGGCUCAUUUCAAACUGGCAGUGCAAACAUAAUACCUAUUGAAGCAAUGGUGAAAAAUUUUGCUUCAAAUGAUAUUGUAUUAAUAUCGAUAAAUUAUCGUCUUGGUCCACUUGGAUUCCUUACUGCAAGUCAUCGAGAUUUACAUGGAAAUUAUGGAUUAGAUGAUCAAAUCAAAGCUAUUGAAUGGAUUCGAGCUAAUGCCCGAAAUUUUGAUGCUGAUCCAAAUAAUAUCAUUGUUGGAGGUAUGGGUGCUGGCGCCGCUUGUGCAAGUAUUUUAGCUAUUUCACCUAAAACCAAAGGUUUGUUCAAUGGCGUUAUUCUUCGCAGUGGUAGCGUUUUAGCUCCGUGGGCAGUACAAUCAGUUUCAACGGAGGAUUACUCUGCUCAGUUGAUAGAUUACUGUGGUUGUAGCUAUAAUCAAACAUUAGGAAUGGCUCAUACAGUAGAAUGUUUAAAAAAUGUUCCAAUUAUAAAAUUACAAAACGGUUGGCGGCAAAUUGUAAAAUUAACCUCAACCAUAACAGGUAAUGGAAAUUUUAUUUUGGGCUCAACUUAUUUCACACCAGUAAGUGACCCAUUUCGCAUUGAGGCGAGUAUUUUACCUGGUGAUCCUGAGAAUGUUUUGAUUCACAAUUCUCGAAUGCCUAUUUUGAUUGGAGUCACGAAUCAAGAAGCUGCUCAGUGGAUGAGUGAGUUCCCAGUUAGCAGUGGUCGAUAUCUAGAAAAUGGCGAUUGGGACUUAAGUCACGUGAUUCCGCCAUUUUUUUACGCCAAUUACAAACAAGUAUUAUUUCAAAAAUACUUCCUAACUUACAAACGAAGCUGCAGUAUCUUUCAUAUACAUUAA